CAAAGCCCUGUGUGAGGCGGACUGGACACAUCAAGGCAAAGAGUCGCAGUUACAGAGGGGGAGUAGUUACCGGCUGCAAGAUUCCUGCAAAUGUUAAGGGAAGUGCCCAAUUCUUCAAAUCCAUUUGAUUGGAGGUUGUUUAGCAGCAUAACUCAGAAGGGAAGCGAGAGUAACGAAGGUCAUCAUGCAUCCAGUCUGGACACCAUGUUUUCUUUUUGCCGUGGAUUUUGCCUCUGUGCUCAUCCUGAGAUUAUUUCUUACUUAUCUACUCCCCAUUAAUGCCCCCAUACUUCUGGCAUGGCUGGCAGGAUUGGUACGAUUUGUGGUUCUUACUCUGGGUAUUUGCAAAAUUAGUAGUAGGUCCAAACUCCCUCCAUGGCUGCAGGGAGAACACUUGACAUUGAUCAGCACUGUUCUUAGCUUCCUUGUCCCCUUCUGUUCUGCUGUGAUUGCUCUGAUCUCACUGAGAAGUAGUACAGAGCUACUGUACAGCUGGAGUCGAUGGGACGUCUUCCUCUUGUGUUACCUACUCACAUUGACCUCUGGCAUCUUGUGGCACCAACUGUCUCCCCACAGCAGAAAGGAGAAGACAGCUGUAACCCCAUCAUCCUCUUUGAGAAGGUUAAUUACCCUUCUGCAACCUUAUGUAUACAGAUUUCUUCUAGUGGCCGUGUUCCUGGUACUGUCAUCUUGGAGUGAGAUGGCUCUUCCCUCUUACACUGGGCGUAUGACAGACUGGAUAGCCAACAAGGAGGAUCCCUCUGCCUUUACUUCAGCUAUUAUAGCUAUGAGUCUGAUCACAGCAGCAAGUGCAGUUACUGAAUUUGUGUGUGACUGUAUCUACAAUGUCACAAUGAGUAUGAUCCACAUUCGCACACAGGGACAGCUCCUCCGCUCCAUCCUGAAGCAGGAAAUGGCAUUCUUUGACUCCAUGUCUGCAGGUGACAUAACGUCUCAUGUUACUACGGAUACCAUAACAGUGAGCGAGUCUCUAUCCCAUCAACUAAGCCUGUUGAUGUGGUACUUUAUGAGAGUGGUUUUCCUCAGCUUUUACAUGAUCAUGUUGUCCCCAAAGCUGACUUUCUUCACAAUAUUAUGUCUGUGUGUCAUUGCAAUUGUUCCUAAGCUAACUGGAACAUUUUAUGAGGGUAUGGCUGUGCGCGUCCAGGAAUCUUUUUCUAAAGCCAAUCAAGUAGCCCUGGAAACAUUCUCCAAUAUGAAGACUGUAAGAAGCUUUGCAAAUGAAGAGGGUGAAUGUCAGCGCUAUGAGCAAAGGUUGCAUGACACAUACCAACUCAAUAAAACUGAAGCUUUGGCUUAUGGAUGCACUGCGGUGGCAACUAGUUUUUCUGGCCUGGUGCUGAAGGUUGCAAUCCUGUACUUUGGUGGACGUUUGGUUACUAAUGGAGAGGUCAGUGGAGGGGAACUGGUGUCCUUCGUCUUAUAUCAGCUGCAGUUCUCAUCAGCUGUGGAGGUAUUGCUCAGGAUGUACCCAGAGGUCAGAAAAGCAGUUGGAUCUUCAGAGAAAAUAUUUCAAUAUAUGGACCGUAAACCUCAGUCACCUGCUCCAGGCAGUCUGGCCCCUCAGGAUCUUAAAGGGAUAGUCCGAUUUCAGAACGUCACUUUCGCAUACCCGACUCGGCCUGACUCCCUGGUUUUACAGGAUGUUUCCUUUGAAUUGCACCCAGGAGAAGUCACUGCCCUGGUCGGUCCUUGCGAUGCAGGAAAGUCUACAGUGGUGCAACUCCUCCUGAGAUUCUACCAGCCACAGAAAGGGGAGAUUAUUGUGGAUGGGAAGUGCAUCACCCUUUAUAAAAAUGAGUAUUAUCGGGAAAAGGUGUCAGUAGUGAGUCAGGAGCCCACUCUCUCUGCCCGCUCCCUGCAGGAUAAUAUAGCCUAUGGAAUGGGAGACGUCUCCCUCGGAUGUGUAAAGGAGGCAGCACAGACUGCACAUGCCCAUGAUUUUAUUUCUGAAAUGGCAAGUGGAUACCAGACAGGUGCUGGACAGAAAGGUGGACUGCUAUCCGGGGGCCAGAAACAACGGGUAGCACUAGCAAGAGCUCUUCUGAGAAACCCCCAAAUCCUCAUUUUAGAUGAUGCUACUAGCUCACUUGAUUUAGAAAGUGAACAGAAGGUGCAUUGUGCAGUGUAUGAUGGUCCCCGAGAUCGGACAGUGCUACUUAUUUCCCACCGAAUAAAUACAGUGCAGAGAGCAGACCGCAUCCUCGUACUAGAAGGAGGCCGCAUCACAGAACAAGGGACACAUGAUCAGCUGCUGGAACAGGAGGGCAGUUAUACAAGACUGUGGCAGAAACAGCUCAGCAGUUUUCAGAGAGUGAAUGGAGAACAGCUGCCUUCACAAUAACAUCUGUUAUUUAUUACCAAAGUAUUUUUCUGACAUAGGCUCAGUUCUGAUCAUAUCCACUUGAGCAGGUAUAGGCAAUCUUUCCUGACAUCUUACUAUCAGCUCAAACUAUUUUUUGUAUUCUAAUAGUAGUAUAGGUGUAAUGGGGAAUAAAAAGCAGGUGACAUGGAUGAUACACAGUUAUGUUUGUAUGCUCUCUUCAUGUCUGUAUGGGUUUCCUUAUAGUAUUCUGCCAUCCACCAGCACGCUAGAAAUAUACAGGCAGAUAUGUUGGCUGUUAACUCUAGUAGGGAAUGGUCUGGUGUGAAUGCUGAACAGUGUUUGCAAAGGGCUGCAUAUAAUGCCACAAUAUUAAAGAAGAAUAUUAAUACCAUUAGGGAAAAUUGAAGGUGAGGUAUCACCUUAGUGUGGGCUGAGCAGCUUUGGGCCUGUUGUGUACAAGUUUUGUACCCCUUACCCAACAUAUAUAAUCUCAAUAUCCAUUACACCUAGUUGUCCUGAUUCAGGACCCAGCCGCAAAGCCCCCUCUGCCCCCCCCCUACUUUUUCCUGUACAUCGGCAGUAAGGGCCAGUAAAGGGGGUUGGGCAGUGACCGGGUCAGGGAGAGUGGUAAGGAGAGUGGCCGUGUGGGGAGUGUGUCUAGGCCUGGAGGGCUCAGAAGAUCCAGGGUCCACUGGGGUUUUUCCCGGUGUCCCACCAGCCCAGUCUGACCCUGUCCGGAUUUUGGUACACACAGCUGAAGAAAGUGGCUAGAGAGUCGGGACAAAAAUCAACUGGGGGGUUACACUGAGUUUGCAUUGCUGAAAAGCAACUGCAAAGAAGAUCAAUAACAGCUGAAAGGAAAAAUAGGAAGAAAACUAGUGAAGACAGAUUUGUUAUCAACUUCCACAUUUCACCAGCUGGAGGAAUGAAGUAGUGUAGGAGAUGGGCAGUUGUCAUUUUGGAUUAUUGGGUCUUAACAGCAACAACUUUUCUGUCAUUUCUAAAAAUACUUAAUGAAUACUUGUAGAUGUGUUGGAGAAUGGUUUGACCCUGUUCCUUCAUAAAUACACAUUGACUGUAAACAUGUACAUGAAAUUGUGUGUUUUAUAAACAUUAAUUGUGCUUUGUGGCAUAUUUA